AUGAGCUUUCAGAAACUAAUUGAUGAUGGAAUCAUUAACAACAAUGGUAUACCUAUAAAUGAUCAGAUGAUUCAGCUUUCGGAAAACAUGCCACCUCUGAAGUCCACGAACCUCCCAUGGACGUGCUUUGAGGACUUGGGCACUGUAAAAGCCUUUUUUCAAGUUGUCGUAGAAGCUGUUGAAGCCGCUAGUUUAACCGAAUGGUUUUUAUGUAACUCGACUACUGAGCUGGAGCCUGCUGCAUUCAGCCUGUACCCGCAGCUGUUGCCGAUUGGUCCAUUGCUGGCUAGCAACCGACAUGCAGACCAAACAGGCCACUUCUGGCAAGAAGACUCCACCUGUCUAGCAUGGCUCGACCAACAGCCAUCAUGUUCGGUCAUUUAUGUAGCUUUUGGGAGCUUCACCAUUUUCAACCAAACACAGUUUGAAGAAUUGGCACUUGGUCAGGAACUUAGCAACAGACCAUUCUUGUGGGUUGUGCGACCAGGCAUGACAAAGGAGACUACGGCUUCUUUCCCAGAUGGGUAUGUGGAAAGAGUAGGCUCUCGUGGAAGAAUUGUGAGUUGGGCACCUCAACAAAAAGUCUUAGCUCAUCCUUCUGUGGCUUGUUUUGUGAGUCAUUUUUGUUGGAAUUCUACUUUAGAGGGUGUUACAAAUGGACUCCCUUUCUUGUGCUGGCCAUACUUUGCUGAUCAGUUUCACAAUGAAAGUUACAUUCGUGACAUCUGGAAGACUGGACUGGGGUUUAACAAAGAUGAAGCAGGUAUCAUCACACGAGGAGAAAUAAAAAGUAAGGUAGAGCAGCUGCUCGGAGACAAUUCAUUCAAAGCUAAGGCCAUGGAUAUUAAAGAAAAGGUUACAAGCAGUAUCAAAGAAGGAGGAUGCUCACACAAAAAUCUUGGCAAUUUUAUCGAGUGGAUACACAAUGAUACAGAUGCACUAUAACCAAGUUGACAUAUGUGCAGAAGAAUCUAUAUAUAACGGCAUUUAGUACGUUAAUUUGAAGUUUUGUGAAAAUGU